AUGUUCUCCCGGAAGAAGCGAGAACUUAUGAAAACCCCCUCCAUCUCCAAGAAGAACCGGGCGGGGAGUCCCAGCCCAGCGAUCUUGGGGGAGCUUCCCAGGAAAGAUGGUACAGAUGCAGCCCCUUGUGGAUCUAGUCUGGAGCUGCCAGCUGCAGCCUCGAAUGCCAAGGCCACAGGCACACUCAAACGGCCCACCAGCCUGAGCCGCCACGCCAGUGCUGCUGGCUUCCCACUAUCUGGACCCGGCUCCUGGACACUCAGUCGGGGCCACCGAAGUCCACUGACAGCUUUUGGUCCCAGCGAGCUCAAUGUCGAGGGGCCCUGCCCUGAUGCCACUGAAGACAUUCCCCACCUGCUGGCUGAUGUGGCCCGCUUUGCUGAGGGCCUGGAGAAGCUCAAAGAGGAUGUACUUCAUGAAGACCUCCUGGAGACACGCCAGCCAAUGGCGUCCGAGAGCCUGAAUGAGGCCCUGCGUGUGUUACGACAGGUCAUCAGCAGACACCCACUGCUAAACACAGUGGAGACCCUAACAGCAACUGGCAACCUCAUCAACAAGGUCAAAGGCUUCCGUUAUGAAAGCAACAAUGAGGCAGACAAGCGGGAGUUUGAGAUGGCUCUAGAGACCAUUGCUGUCUCCUUCAGCAGCAGCGUGUCCGAGUUCCUCAUGGGCGAAGUGGACAGCAGCACUCUUCUGUCCGUGCCCCUCGGAGACCUGAGCCAGGCCAUGGAACACCUGUACGGGCAUGGGGAUGAGGACACGCCGCCCAGCACUGAGGACUGCGGUGAGGGCUGCCUGCCCCCCGAGGAGGUGGACAUGCUGCUGCAGCGCUGUGAAGGCGGUGUGGACGCAGCGCUCCAGUACGCCAAGAACAUGGCCAAGUACAUGAAGGACGUCCUUGUUUACCUGGAGAAGCGCACUGUGUUGGAGCUGGAGUUCUCCAAAGGUCUGCAGAAACUCGUCCACAACUGCAGACAGAGUGUCAUGCAGGAGCCCCACAUGCCCUUGCUGUCCAUCUACUCAGUGGCGCUGGAGCAGGACCUGGAUUUCGGCCACUGCAUGAUACAGGCGACCGGUACUCUACAGACACAAACUUUUCUGCUGCCCCUGACCCAGCGGCGGCAGGAGCAUGAGAAGCGAAGGAAGGAGAUCAAGGAGGCGUGGCACCGCGCGCAGAGAAAGCUGCAAGACGCUGAGGCCAACCUUCGCAAGGCCAAGCAGAGCUACAUGCAGCGCUGUGAGGACCACGACAAGGCGCGCCUGCUGGUGGCCAAGGCCGAGGAGGAGCAGACGAGCAGCGGGCCAGGGGCUGGUGGAGCUGCCUCCAAGAACCUAGACAAACGGCGGCGGCUAGAGGAGGAGGCCAAGAACAAGGCAGAGGAGGCCAUGGCCACAUACCGCACGUGGGUGGCUGAUGCCAAGACGCAGAAGCAAGAGUUGGAGGACACUAAGGUGACGGCGCUGCGGCAGCUGCAAGAGGUCGUGCGACAGAGCGACCAGACCAUCAAGUCGGCUACCAUCACCUUCUUUGAGUUGAUGCAUGCGCACACGGCGCAACUGCCAGUCAACUUCCACAUGCUGUCUGAGAGCAGCAAGUUGUACGACCCGGGCCAGCAAUACGCGUCCCAUGUGCGCCAACUGCAGCGUGGCGAGGAGCCCGAUGUGCACUACGACUUUGAACCCCACGUCUCCUCCAACUCCUGGUCCCCAGAGAUGCGCGCGCGCAAGGGCAGCUUCAACGUCAGUGAUGUGGCAGGCGUGGAUGCUGGUGCGCCUGAGGAAGGGGUGCUGGCCAAGGAGCAGCAGCGGGGUGGGCGUGGACACCAGGUGCACAAGUCCUGGCCCACCUCGGUGUCCGACUCAGACAGUGGCCUGGAUCCCUCAGGGGACUUCAAGAAGUUCGAGCAGACCUCAUCCAGUGGUACCAUGUCAUCCAGCGAAGAGCUGGACCAGGAAAGCGGCCCGGGGACAUCAGCCUUCGAGCAGGGUGACCUCGAAGGCAUGGCCCCCACGCUGCCCGUGGCUGUGCCCAGUGGGCCCUUCCGCAACGUCGGACUGUCGAAGGCCGCUCGGACCCAUCACCUGCGCAAGCUGCGUACGCCCGCCAAGUGCCGCGAGUGCAACAGUUACGUGUACUUUCAGGGCGCUGAGUGCGAGAAGUGUUGCCUGGCCUGUCACAAGAAGUGCCUGGAGACGCUGGCCAUCCAGUGUGGCGGCAAAAAGCUCCAGGGCCGGCUGCAGCUGUUCGGCCAGGACUUUGGGCGGGCGGCCCGCAGCACAGCAGACGGUGUGCCCUUUGUCAUAAAGAAAUGUGUGGACGAGAUCGAGCGAAGGGCGCUGAGUACCAAGGGCAUCUACCGGGUCAAUGGGGUCAAGACACGCGUGGAGAAGCUGUGCCAAGCGUUUGAGAACGGUCAGGAGCUGGUGGAAUUGUCACAGGCCUCGCCCCACGACAUCAGCAAUGUGCUCAAACUCUAUCUGCGCCAGCUGCCUGAACCGCUCCUCUCCUUCCGCCUGUACCACGAGCUCGUGGGGCUGGCCAAGGACAGCCUGAAGGCUGAGGCCGAGGCCAAGGCAGCGUCCCGGGGCCGGCCCGAUAGCGUUGGGAAUGAGGCGGCGGUCCUGGCCAUGGCCUGCCGGCUGCGGGAGCUGUUGCGAGAACUGCCCCCGGAGAACAGGGCCACGCUGCAGUACCUGCUACGGCACCUGUGCAGAAUUGUGCAGGUGGAACAAGCCAACAAAAUGACGCCGGGGAACCUGGGCAUCGUGUUCGGGCCCACGCUGCUACGCCCGCGACCCACCGAGGCUACCGUGUCGCUCUCGUCUCUGGUGGACUACCCCCACCAGGCGCGCAUUGUCGAGACCCUCAUCUCGCACUAUGCCCUGGUCUUUGAGGAUGAGUCUCAGGAGGCACCUGCAGCGCAGGACCAGGUGGCGCAGGUGCACUUCCUGGAGGCAGGCGAGGUGGGAGCUGAGACCCCGCAGGAGGAUGGGUCCCAAGGGUCCCACCUGCUAUCUAACGACUCAGACUCGGAGCUGGAGGACACCUCAGACUUGCAGUCUUCGGCAGGGGCCACUUCCCUUCACCGCCUGAGCUUCCUGGAGAAGGACGGGAGCCUGGAGGAGGGGACGCACAGCAGCAGUGAGGAGAAGCUGGGGGCGUGUGGGGACGGGGCUGAGGAAGAGCCAGCCCAGCCACUUUCGGCAUACAACACCAACCAGUGCAACAAUGUGACGAGCGUCAUACUGCCUGCUACGAGACUCCAUGUGGGGCUGCAUGUCCAAAGGCAGGCCCAGAGCCCCACAAGGCUGCUGCCUAUGCGUAGGAGACGGGUGGAAGUGAAGCGGACAGCAUGUGACCAGCCGCUGCGCUGGCAGACACGCAUGGCAACGGUCCAGUUCAAGAGCAUGUCUGUACCGGGGGGACGAGUCAAGUGCACUGAGGAGACCCCAGUCUCAGGGCGCUACACGCUGUAA